AUGCCGCGCUUGCGAGCCUUCUUUGCCAGCCGUGAGGCAAACCUUCCGAGCAAGCAGUCGGAAGCAGACCUGCCUGAAAAGCCAACAUCUGCCCAAGAUCUUGCAGAUGUACAGGAUGAAGUGACUGAUGGAGGACACCAAGUGGCCAGCAAGGCUGCAGAUUCCGAGAGUGACUCGGGCGAUUCCUGGCCUCCCUUGGACGCAGGUGACGAAGCUCGAGAAGGUGACAGAGCGGAUCUGAACAGCUGCGAGAAGUUGGAGGCAGACCUGCCUGAGCUUGCGACAGAUGUUGCAGAUGUCGCAGAUGUCCCACUAAGUGAUGGAGGACACCAAGUGGCCAGCAAGGCUGCCGAUUCCGAGAGUGAUUCCGGUGAAUCGUGGCCUCCCUUGGAUGCAGGCGAAGCUCGAGAAAGUGACAGAGUGGAUCUCAAAAGCUGCGAGAAGUUGGAGGUAGACCUGCCUGAGCUUGCGGCAGAUGUCGCAGAUGUCGCAGAUGUCCCACUAAGUGAUGGAGGACACCAAGUGGCCAGCAAGGCUGCAGAUUCCGAGAGCUGCUUGGAUUGUGACUCCGGCGAAUCUUGGCCUCCCUUGGAUGCAGGCGAAGAAGCUCGAGAAAGUGACAAAGCGGAUGUCAACAGGGAAGAAGCUCGAGCCAGCGACAGAGCGGAUGUCAACAGUGACUCUGAUGAAUCUUGGCCUCCCUUGGACGCCGUCAACCAGUCAGAGAUGUUGGAGACAGAUGUAGCUGAAGCGCCCACUGUGCCAGACGUAGCCGAAGCACCCACUGUGCCAGACGUUCAAGUCAGCGAUUUGCAAGGUGCCGAAGCGCAAGGUGACGGCGCAGAUUCCAACAGUGAGUCGGGUGAUUCCUUGCCUCCCCUGGAGUUCAUACCGAAGUCCGAGCAGGAGAACGUGGAAGUUUUGGGUCCUGGAGACUUGGUGCAGCUGGUGGAUCUCCGGAUGACGGACCUCAACGGAGAGCAGGGCUACAUCCUACGACUCGUUCCAGGACACAAGGAGGAACGCGUCGAGGUCAAGAUGCUUAGCACCGGAAAGAUGCUCUCAGUGAAACGCUCCAACGUCCGCUCCGUGGCCGCGCAGCAGGAGCGCUCCCAGCGCUCCUCGCGCGCGCCGCGCUCGCGCUCCGAGCCGCGGCCCUUGCGGAGGGGCGAUGAGGUCGUGGUGCAAGGCUUGACCAAGGCGGUGGAGUACAACGGCCAGCGCGCCCUGGUCACCGAGAUCGAGUCGGCUCCCGGCCGCGUCACGGUGGAACUGCUGCGCUCCGGGCGGCAGAUGUCGCUGCGCCGGGACAAGCUGCGGGUCAUGGUGGAGCUCUCGGAAACGGAGGACGAGGACGACGAGGAUCUCACGGAUUUGCCUCCCCUGCGCUGCAUCCGGCCGAAGAUGACUGCGGAGUCCAAGUUUCAGAUCGGACAGAAGGUUUGGUUGCACAUGAAGCAAAAGCCUGAAUACCACGGUCAACAGGUCUUUGUGUUGCCCUCGGAUCCGCUGAAGACCGUGGGGGUCAUGGCCACCGUCCAGCUGUCGAAUGGGAAGAGGAUCAUCACCAAGGAAAGUCAUCUGAAGGAAGAGCCUCCAGAGCCCCUAUCCGGAUCCAAAGGAUCCACAGGAUCCAAGGUCAAGGGGCGGAAGAAAAGAGAGAUCUGA